CCCGUUAAGCUUCACAUUGCAAUACAGAACAAUGUUAACCAUUAGGCCUACGGUAAGGUCAACAUCGAAUAACGAACGGCAUUGAAAAUCAGGUGAAACGAUCCGGAGUAAUUCUUAUUGAAUAAAGCCAGUACCCGACACAGGUGAGGAACCAGCCGACCGUGACCUCGCCGUAAUAAGAAUAUAAUUGUGUCGAGCGAGAGACCGGCACACAGUCGACUAUUUACCUGUGAACAGGUAUGGCGAACGUUUCGGACAAACUGGCCUCAAUGGCCUGUCCACUUGGAGUUUUAUAUGUCAUCUUGGCGUUUGCAGCAGCCCAAACGCCAUCGCCACCGCAACAAGUAACUCCUGCCACGGUCCUAGUGAAUAAGGGUGUGGUUGUAUCACUGUUCCCCUACCCUUUCCCUGGUCACGUGGAACUGUUUGAGGGUAUCGACCCCAAGGAUAUGACAGGGGCUACCCCCAGUACCCAGCAUCCUUUUCUGCAAGAAAACAUCUUGAUUACCCAACUGGUGCCUGACCCAUCUAGUAAUGCCAUGUAUUAUAUAGACGUACAUACAAAUAGUAUCUACCGCUGGGAUAACGUUACAACAACCUUGAAUGACCAGACGGUUUCAACCAUCAACCAGACAACAAAAGUGUUUGAGGGAUUGUCACGAGCAAUCUGUAAGCUUGAUCUCGAUUAUUUGACGCAAAAUAUUUACUGGAGCGACCCGCUGUUACACUGGAUAGCUAUGAAACCUGCAAAUUCAUUAGAUCCGGCUGACACCAAAAUACUUAUCACUGAUGACGUCGAAUACGUAGCAGCCUUGGCUUUGGACGCCGAAAGCAAAUUCCUAUUCUGGGUUUCCUCGGCUUAUGAAGAUGGUAAAAUGGAGAGGAGUAACUUGUAUGGAGGCGAGCGGCGGGUGAUCCUUUCCACAAGCUUUGGUUUCGUAGACGAUAUGACUUUAGAUAUGAAUGAGAAACAACUUUACUGGGUGGACAGUUAUCGUAUGACUGUGGAAACAGCAACAUAUGAUGGAACAGGCCGUAGGGUCAUCCGGCGUCUGGUUGGAACCGAGUUCACCUCCAUCGCUGUCAUUGAGGGCAAUAUCUGCCUGAUAAAUUAUGAUUCCUAUGAGAUGCAGUGUAUGUUCAAGACGUCAGGAGACCGAUAUGCCUAUCAUAGUUUCUAUCCGAGUAACCCGUAUGCUGUUGGUUUCUUCAACCCUGCUGUACAGAAGACUCCGUUAGAAAAUCCAUGCGCCACUAAAACCUGUAAUCACAUAUGUGUUAACACAGCCUUACAACCCAAGUGUUUGUGUGGGGAUGGUUACACACUGGACCCAGACGGAAUGACAUGUUCUCAGACAACCCCGCUGUACGAAAAUGCUGUGGUGAUGACCAACAGUACCCACAUAUGUAUGAUCCAGGUGUCAUCGCUGUCCUCUAGCGCCACAUACAAGCCAAUCCGCUGUGAGGUUACAAACGUCACCAAGGACACCACUCACAUCCAGUCCCAUGUUGCUAAGAAUCUACUGUAUUACACAGCCAAGAGCAAAGACCCAGCUUCCAGUAACAAGACACAACUUGUUCAGUUCGACCUCAGCUCACAAAGACACUGGGUGGUAGUGGCCGAUAUGGAAGAACCAGACGACAUGGCAUUUGACUGGGUGGGCGAGAAGAUGUUCACCUGCCAUAGCAAGCUCAAACUGAUAAAAGCCUGGGAUGUUGUGACAGGGAGAUCGUCAAUCAUCUACUCUGGCAAUGAUGUGAAAAAAGUAUCAGAGCUAGCUAUAGACCCGCACAGGGCUAACCUAUUUUGGAUAGCUGACACAAUUGAUGGGCUAGGUAUCUACGUUGGCACGUUUACAGGAGAUAGACCUGUCAAGCUUAUAGGUAGUGGUACUCUUACCAACCCGUCCGGGAUCAGCUACGAAUAUCUAGACGACAGUGUGUGCUUCAUUGACAGUGGCCGUUUCGCUAGUAUAACUGUUAACGGGACAAUCACCAAUCAUCGAAUAUCUGUCGGUAGUGCUACAAAGUCACUUAUUUACAAGAAUUAUGCAGUGUGGAACGCUGGCCCUGCCACACUGAAGAUGUCUCUGUUUUCCCUGGACGCCUCCGUCUUCACCACAAUUACAACCAUGGGAACAAUCCACUCUAUUGCCCUCUUUUCUAAGGAAACGCAGAAAGCAUAUUUAGAUCCAUGUAAAAUAAGUAAUGGAGGCUGUGACGACUUAUGUUUUCGGAGGAAUACGACAGUUUAUUGCCAGUGCGAUUUUGGUCGAACACUGAAACCAGAUGGGAAGGCCUGCAGUGCAACUCCAUUGACAACCAACUUUAUGUUGGUAGCAGACCUGUCGCAUGACCGUAUUAUCCAGGUAUCUUUGGAUGGUAAUACACUAGUAAGUUUACCCAUCAAUAAUUUGAUGACGCCAGCCAUGGUCCGAUAUGGCCACCAUGACGAUCUUCUAUACUGGUGUGAGGUUGGCAGUAAAGAUAUCAAGCGGGGUACCCUAGAUGGCACGAGAGUUGAAAGAUUGAUCACCAUUGGAGGAGAAAGCUAUCCGGAUCGCUUUGCCAUUGAUUUCACGAGCAGACACCUGUAUUACACUGUAGCUCAUACUAAAGAUAUAAAUAAGGCGUAUAUUGCUGUGAUGAUUCCAAAUGUAAGCAAGUCAGAGACCAAGACCCUCAUAACAGGCCUAAACUAUGUCGGAGGCAUUGUACUACAUCCAGCAAAGGGGGGGAUGUUGUACUGGACUGCUGACUACACUGAGUGUUGA